AUGUCUCGGUUCUCCACGUUUUUCGAUAAAUCCCGAACUCAACACGAAGAUAGUGACCAUCCAUGGUCGAACAUCGGCAGCGCAGGGGACCAUCUUCUUCGGGAACUGGAAUCCCUAUACUGGGUCGGAGCCAAUCAAGAAUUAGAUUGCAUUAUCUCAACCCUAAAACACUGGCAACAGUCUAAGUUCGAGAAUGCCGUCUCCCCGGAUGAGGAUCCCCAGUCCAGCAUGGUCGAAGGUUUCGAUACUUUCAUUAACCAAGUCAUUCCCAAGACUCCGAUUAAAAAUAAAGCUCCCAUAGAGCCUGCCCAGUUGAACAACUCUGCAAAUAAAAUUGGCCCUACCGAGCGGUUGCUCAUGAACUUGCACCAUUCUGCUACCGAAAGGGCCGCAGAGAAAACAAGAAGGAAAGUCAACAUCGCAGUGCAUAAGCGGUUGGUGCAGCGACCCGCCAAUGAGGGCCCUUUCCAGAGACUAGCACGUCUCCUACUUCAAGGAGCAGGAUUUUUGGACAUUGAGAAAGUUAUCGAGUACCACCCUCGAAGUUCACCCCCGCCUAUUUCUCCGCAACUCCGACUCGGUAAGAAACUCUUGAGCCAGUGUCCAGUAGUCACGGGGCUACCAUGUUCGGAAUGCAAAAAGAACAUUCAGGGGUGUACGUUCAAAUAUACUACGACUACAAGGAGUUCAAGGAUACCCAGGAUUGUCUGCGAAGAUUGUUACUGGGAUUUCCACUAUGGAGAUACCGCGUACGUGAAAGUCUACAAGCAUUCUAUCAGGGACGAAGUUGAAGAUGCUCUGAAGAAGCACUCGCCCUGCUUUCUAUGUGGUAAGAAUUCCGCAAGAGUAAAUUCCUUCUCGUCCCAGAUGGAGGCGAGAAUAAUUCAUGCGCUUGGCGAUGCGAAGUACCGGGGUAUCCAGAAGACGAGAAAGCGGGAUAGCUCGUUUCCGAAAUCCUUACUGGAGAAAGUGAUUCAAGAGGGUAUGGGGCAUUCUCACUUGUUGGACGACAAAUGGUUGUUUGAGGAUUUUGUGCAGGAAAAUCCCUGGGAAGACGUCAGUAUGGCCGUCCGGAUAGGACCAUUGGUGAUCGAGAAUGGGUUGAAACAGUAA